UCUGCAUGUUCCAUUUCUUCUUCCUUCUCUCUUCUCUCCACUUUCAUGGUUUCCUCUAUUCUCUAACAAUCCCCUAACUAAAUUCUCCAUUCCUUGCUUCAUCGUUCAAACGAUACGAACAAAUCGAUCCAUAUUCCAGAGAUGCUUCCUUUUCAGACUCAUUACGGAUUCCAGAGCAGUUGGUUGAGUUAUCACAACGUCGAUCAUCUCAAACCAUCAAUGUCCACUGCCGGUUGCUCGAUCGUCGACAAUGCUGCAGUUUCACCUAAAGACGAGAAGAAAUCUACGGAAGCAAGUCGAAGUCAUAAGGAAGCUGAGAGAAGACGGCGACAACGAAUCAAUUCGCAUUUAGCUACUUUCCGUACACUCCUUCCUAAUACUACUAAGACGGAUAAGGCGUCGUUACUGGCGGAGGUGGUGAGUCAAGUGAAGGAGUUGAGACGGCGAGCGACGGAGGUUGCACGUCGGAGUACAGAACAAAGCGGCGGUGGAGAGAUGGUGUCGUGGCCGUUCCCUAGUGAGGAAGACGAAGCGACGCUAUGUUACUGCGAUAACGAGAAUAAGGUAAUGAGAGCGACGGUUUGUUGCGAUGAGCGGUCCAGUUUGAACCGGGAUAUGAUGCAGGCAAUCCGGUCGGUUCAGGUGAGGGUGGUUCGGGCUGAGACGAUGACGUUGGGGGGGAGGACGAAGAACGUGGUGGUGAUGGAGUGGAGCGGCGGCGGUAGGGAGAGGGAAGAGGAGUUUAUGGGUCUGAGACGGGCUUUGAAGGCCGUAGUGGAGAAUCGGGCCCAAAGUGUUUUGGGUAAUAAGCGGGCCCGGGCCUGUUGUCCAAUGGAGGAUACGAUUUUAAUGUGCUGACGUGGGCGAUUGGAAGUAUGCGUUGGAAUUGAGGUUUGGGUUUGGGAAUCUUUUUUAUAUUUAUUUUUAUUUUUAUGGUUUGGUGAAAAAUGGAAAACGAGACAGGCUCUAACUUGAGAAAGUGACCGACAUGUCGUUUGUCGCACGAAAGACGACAAGAAAGAAACACGUGUCCUUUAGGUUGGUGAGUAAUUUUUAAGUGGACCAAUUUAUCUUCAUCAAAACACACUCUUAGUUGGAUUUGGUAAACGACAUACCACUGUGAUUAAAAGCACUUUACCCACUGCACAUGAUUUUGUUAAAUGUGAUUAAAGACCUUUUACUUCUUCAACAA